GGCGGGUCGACAGACCUUCCCAUCGCCAUCUACGCCGACGACCACAACAGUCGAACGCGAACCUCGGGCUGUUGGCAGCUGAGUCGUUGGGUUCUCAGCAACUAUCCUAAAGCGCCUGGCCUCUACCUGGGCUGUGUCCGGAGGGCACUCGUCUGUCGUAUCGCCGGCAAUCCGAUUCAUGGUAUAGAUGCCCAGGGCAUUCCAACAAUUACCCUACCACGACAUAUAUGAGACGCUCCGGCAGGCUAGCGUGAAUACCGCAUAGGUUCUUCUAUCCGACCACAUCAUCCUCCCGUUCGACCCACCUCGCUUACGACCAUGGCGACCUACUUUACUCCUCGUCCGCAACUCUCGUCGUCCCAUAAUGCGAAUCCUCCACCACAGGAGACUGGACGGCGGAGCCUACCAAACCUGGACCUUACAGUCAAUGAUCAUUCCAUCUAUAUCUUCCCCGAUCCCGCCGCCGAACUUCCGAGCCCCGCGUCUGCCCUCUUCUCUCCGGCUACGUCUUUCGAUGCCUCAUCGCCGUCUAUAUUCUCGGUAUCUUCGCGCUCGCGAUCACAACGUCGCGUGCGCCACCACGCGUCCAGCUUCUCCACGCAGUCAGGCCGCAGUCCGAGCAUUGGCCAAGCGAGCUCUGGCUCGCCCCGUACCCAUUCCUACUUUGUCGUCGAUAACCCAUCUCCCAUCUCGCCGACCUAUUUCAGUGUAGAGAAUGACCCCGACGUCGGUGAAGUCUGGGAUGGACUGCAUUCCCCACUUGACGAUGAAGCGUCCAGGGAACUCGAGGAACGUGUUGAGCGUGUGAGUCGCUGGGACUUCGACUCGCGCCUCCGGCAGUUCGUCGAGCGCGCCGCGGCGGCGUCCAUACCUGCACAAGAGCGCCGCAGGCGCCUCGCUCCCCUCCGCACGCGUACUCGCACGAGCUCCCAGAGUUUGACGAGUAAUAGCCUAGCCUCUUCACGCCCAACGCGUGCACGGUCAUCAUCUACUCGUGCACGCGCGCCUUCUCCCUCCCCCCAGCCGCGCAUCCGCAUCCCGUUCCUGUCCUUCUUCGCAGGGCUCCUCGCGCUCGACCUUGACGAUCCUGCUCUCCGUCUGCUUACCCAGUCUGCACCCGCAGACGCUGACUCCAUCCUCUUUCCCGGCCACUCCGCCACGCGUCUUCUGCAGUCUCUUGAUGGGGACAGAUACACGCCUCCGUCAUCUCUAUCUUCCCCCGAUUCAGAUGAGGAGACGAAGUCGGUGCCUGUUCAUGGCUUUGCAAAGCUGCUCUCGUCCGCGAAUGAUCCAUCUGGGGCCGCCUUGCGCUCUCUUCGUGCAGGGCUCGCUAUGGCAUCGCUACCCAGCGAGCUCGUUGCAAGCGUGCCCGGAGCGCGUGGUCUCGCCGGGCUGUGGCGCGCUGUAGGUGAGGUAUAUGCGCGUGGCGGGCAGGCCUGGAGGGAGGUGUGGGUUGGCAGUUGAAACAUCGCACCAUGUCCAGAAUUCUUUCCUUGGAACGUUGGUGUACGUUUGUGGUAGUUUGAUAUUGGUUGCGUCCUGUGGCCCAUCGCUGUAUCGCAUAGUAUCACGGACUGCGCUCUCCGACCGAUGGACUAUGUCCUAUUUCUCGCUUCGGACUCUGGAUCUCGAUGUGUGUCCCCAUCGACUCGCUAGCUGUAUCAUAGAGAAUCUGGAGGAGGUGUAUGCUCACAGUUGACCGCUGCCACGGAAGUAUGUACGCUAGUAGUGUUGAAUAAUAAUAUUUACAGCUC